AUGGUGUCGGGCCUCGCAGCCACGUUUACCUUGCGCACUGCUGGCGACAAAACGUCCAUCACGAACGACGGAUUUGUCGUCGAGUACGACACAAUGUACUCGUUCCCCGACGCAGCGACUGCCCACUUUUGCGGCGCGGCGCAAACAAGCAUGACUGUGUCCGGUGCGACAAUCUUUCCAACCACGUCGUUCGCGACGGCGGUGGCGUACCCCGCUCUCGCCAACUGCACCUACGUCCUCCGCGCGCCGCCUGCUUCGUAUUCGUCCAUUUGGCUCGACUUUCUCGACUUCAGCAUGGCGUCGACCUCGGAUCGUAUGGAGCUCUACGACGCCGACACGUCCCCGCCGACGCUCUUGGCUGCAUUCACCAACACAACGUAUGCGCUCCCGCACUACGGCAUCGUGUUCACUGGCCAAGCCGACUACAUCCUGUCGUCGUCCUCGUUGGCGGCGCUUCCCCGGACAGUCGUCUUUUGGAUUCAAGUACCGGUCACCGUCCAAAAGGAUUGCACCGUCGCGAACGCGUGCACGAACAACGUGGCCAAGAAGAUGAAGGUCCUUGGCACCGAAUUCAAGUCGUCUGCGGCAUGUGCUAAAUUCAACGUCGAGCUCGACGUGGACACUGGGUUCCUUUCCAUGUUCUUGAAUGGCGCCAACCACGUGAUCGAGCAAGAUGUCCGCCAAGGGUCGUGGCUGCACGUGGCGUUGGUGUACCGGGAACUCGACAACGUCAUGUUCGGGUACCUGAACGGGGUGCGCGUCGCCAUGUCGGCGGUCACGGGGGUUUUCAAUCCGUCCCUGCCGCCGUGCAGCUCGGACGUGUUGUUCCUCGGCGGACAGCCGUCGUUGCCGGACGACCGAAACGUGUUUUUCAACGGAAUGCUGCGGCAAGUGGCGCUCUAUGCCGAUGCCAAGACCAUCUACCACGUUGGCCGGCUCAUGGGUCGCCCAUGCGAUGCCACCGAUGCGGCACUGCUUGUCUGCUACGCGUUCACGUCGAUCGACGCGUCGACCGCAACGGACGACAGCUCGUACGAGCUGCACGGUCGAUUCCACGGGACGUCGCUGUAUACCCAGAAUCCGCUUCAGCUAUCGUCGUUGCUGCACAAGACGUUUACGUCUGCGUCGGCGACUGUCAUCGUUCGAUACUUUCCGACGUCGGCCAACUCGACCUUCCGCUUUCUUGCGAUGCCAAAGGUCUGUCCGCCGUGUGCGUCACAUGGGACGUGCCGCCGAGGCCAGUGCCACUGCGACAGCGGGUACACAGGGGCCACGUGCAACAUGGUCGUCGACGCGUGCCCCCAGGAUGUCCUCGUGCCGUCGAAGAAAGGCGUUCUAGUGUUUCCGACGAAAGCGCCGACCGUCGGCCACUUUGUCCCGUCCGUGCCGUCUGGAGGGUACCCCGCGGCGCUCGACUGCUCGUUUCACUUGCGCAAGUCGAGCUCGAAAAUUGUGUUGACGUUCGCCAAGCUCGAUCUGGACGAGUCCGAUGCGAUCAUGGUGUACGAGGGCCGGCGAGAGUCGCCAAGGUACUUGGCUAGCCACAACCUCACGGCAGACGUGGCCAUGGACAGCGCGUCGUACUUUAGUCGAGGAGCGUACGGGUACUCGCGCGUGAUUUUCAAAAACGUGUCGGCGUACGAUGCGACAGCCGUGCUGUGGCCCGUGGUCGCAGCUCCGCAGCCAGGCAACUGCUCCAAGACUUUCCACGUCGUCAAGUACCGUCGCGGGAUGGCGUGCGCUGACGCGACGUCCGUCGGCCUCAAUCAAACCUGGGCCGCUCACCUGAUCUCGUCGUACUGGUGGCUCGAGUCGCCCGAAGCGUUUUCGACCCAGAUCACGCCGCGACGACUGGUUUUCAACGACUACACCGCCGAUGCAGCCACCGUCACGACGGAAUUCACCAAACUUGUCCUUGGCCAAGGCAAAGUGACGCGGCCCCAUCCCGGUGUGUUUCGCUUCCGCCGGCGCACCCAGCCGUUCACAACGUGCCAAGACGGAAGCAGUGAGGGACUGGACAUUGUUUCCCUUGUCGAGGCGACAGGCAUGCACACGUUUUCGAGGCCGGACGCGGCGGUGGGAUACCAGCAGGCUCCGAUUGUGUCCCCGGUGUUCCGGUAUGCCGGAACGUGGUCCCUCGACACGUCCAAGCCGUUCUCGGGGGUGUUCCGGUCGCCGGGAUUUGUUCCGCAAGUCGGAUUCUCGCCGUUCACGAUUGUCGUGCGCGCGACGGUCGCUCUGACGAGCGAAGUCCAGUACUUGUUUGCCCAGGAAGACAACCCCGCGUCGUCGAUAUUUCUCAAGAUCUCCGAGUCCCGCCGCGGCCUCGGCAAGUGGACGUUCGGCGCGUAUGCCACCAACGACAAGGCCACACCUGCCAGCCCGGCGUCGUUCUCGCGGGACACCAUCAUGCUUGCGAUCACAUUCAACAACGGCGUCGUCAGCUAUUACGUGAACGGAGUCCUCUUUGGCACGCACGACACGGACGCGUCGUAUCAAGCGUGCGUCGACCAGUGCAUCCUUGACGACACGGAUCCGUGGUGGGAGUGCCGGAACCAGGAGCCCAUGUACAACUUUGGCCACUCGAACCGCCUUGUCAUGGGGGGCCGCUUCCAAGGCUCGACGGUCUUGAAUCCGUGGAAGGGCCAAAUCCUCGAGCUGAGCGUGUACGACAUGGCGCUGCCGGACGCAGUCGUCGCGUCGCUCUUCACCGGUGUCGGCGCCAUUUCGUCGUCCGUCAGCAAAUUUUCAGUCAACAGCUUUGCGAGUCGGACGCAGGGCGAAGCCAGCACGAUCGAAGUCCUGACAGUGCCCGUCGGGAAUGACCAGCAAGCGUCGUCGACCUUUAUUCGACGGUGGCACGUCCAUCGGUACGCGUGCGCCACGCCCGCGCCGUCCCUGGACACGCCCCACCUCGCGACCAUUCUCAACGCGUCGUCUGCACUUACCAAAGUCGUGUACAACGCAAUGGACGACACGGCAGCGCUCGUGUCAUGGUCGACUGCGUCGUCGCCGUUUGUUCAGACAUCGCUGGUUCGAUCCAAGUCGUAUGGCCACGGCCUCACGGCGACCGCGAUCGUGGACCUUCUCGUCGAGUACGGCCUAGCCAACGACAACUUUCCGUACGUUGUCACGGCGGUGUUUGUGACGGCGAUGACAUCCACGUCGGCGUCCGUGGGAUUUCGAUUCCUCGACGCGCAGCGGCAGAUUGUCGAGGCCACGGCGACACUGCCCCGCGUCAACAACACGUGGACGCACCCCACGGCCGUGCAUCGGCUCACGGUGCCGCCCUACGGCGUCCUUCCCCCGACAAAGUGCCGAGACGACCGCGACAGCACCGUCCCUCUCACAGACACGUCAGGUAUUUUGUCGGACGGAGGCGCGACCGAGUCGUCGAUCGUCGCCCCCAACACGCAAUGCUCGUGGGUCCUCCGCGCCCCCGUCGGGGAAACCAUCACGAUCUCGUUCACGUAUUUCUUUAUCGACUGCAUGGAAGGGGACCUCACGAUCGACGACGUCGACGCGCACACGUCGACGCCGCUAUGUGGGUCGAUGGCUGGUUGGUCGGCCACGUUUGGCGCCAACGUCCGUCUCAACUACCACAUUGGCCCGCCGCCCAUGGGCAUGAACAACCAUCCGAUGCCGAUGAUGAGCACGGGUUUCUUUGGGCAGUACGUCUUCUCCAACGAUAACCCGGUGCUGGACACGACCGAAGGGGCAGCUACGUUCGGCCCAUGGACCGUUGCCGCGGCCGACGCUGUUCGCCCGGGGUCCACCCAGUGCCAAGUCGACACAAACGACGAAGCGCCGUCGUACGAGUGGAAGAUCCAAGCGAGCUCGGUCCAGACCAACAUGGACGACUCGUGCUACGAAACGCAAUCGAACGAUGCCGACUUUGAGUGGGAAGUCGAGUCGUUCGACUUGGCGACUGGCGAUACGAUCCAGUGCAAGGACGACAAGUGGGUGGUCGACGAGACCAUGCCGUGGACGGCCGUCGCCAUGGACCGCGUCGGGGGCACCGAGAGGUACACGGACCCUCCGACAACCGUCGAGCACGCUCCUGCAUUCACCUUGACCAAGGCGACGCAAUCCUUGGCAGCAACGUACGUGUCAGAACGCAAUGCGCUGCAAGUUCGCAUCCAGUCGAGUGCAGGAGGCCGCGGACGAGCGGUCAUCGAGUACUACAUGCCCCAGAUAUACUACGUCGCUCCGGCGAGUUACCAAGGCGUGGAUGGAAGCAAUGGCGACGGGUCGCGAGAAAUGCCAUUCACGCACUCGUUCCAGUACUUGAUGGCGAAUGUUCUCGCGAGUGGGGACAUGCUCCGACUGUAUCCCGGACGGUACGAAGGCACGGGGUACUGCAACUUGGUGUGGACCGAGCCCGUCGUCAUGGAGAGCAUCAGCGGCCCCGAGUGGACAGUGCUCGACUGCAAUGGAUUAUCCAGGGGCUGGCAGCUCAAGCACGCGUCUGGGCUCUCGAUCUUGAAAGGCAUUACGUUUACGCACACGAUGGUGUCGUCGACGCCGUUUACUGGCGCCGCCGUGCUAGCGUCCGGCGACGUCCAUAUCGAGUCGUGCGUGUUUGAUAGCAACGUCCAUCGUGCCCAAGGAACGCUGGCGAUCGUGGCCCCUAGCGUUUCCAAGGUCGUCAACUGCUCGUUCGUGUCCAACUCGGGCCUGAGUGGCCCUGCCAUCGCUGUCCUCUCCGCCACCGCUACGCUCGACGCUAUCCGUGCCGUCGACAACUUUGCAAGUGUGUCUGGGGCACUCUUCGUCAGCACUUACGUUGAAGGCGCGACCAUGUCGCUCUCGUCUCCAUCCCGUGUGGUCGUUUCCAAGUCGGUGUUUCUGCGGAACAAGGGGUCGAAAGAAGGAGCUUUGACGGUCGCACGGUCCAGUGUUGUCGACGUGACCAGUUGUGAGUUCAUCGCAACAGCGGCAGCGGCGAUUGCGGUCGAUGCGUCGACGCUCAAGCUCGACAAGAGCAUCAUGCAGGGCAACCUCGGUUCGGGCAUUCUUGCUUCCAACGCAGCUCUGGUGGUCGCAACGUCGUCCACGUUUGCCGGCAAUGCCGCCAAAUCUGGCGCCGCCGUGUCUCUCGACGCGUCGUCGUACCAAGGACGUGGGAAUGCAUACACUGGGAACACAGCGACUGUGGCAGGCGGCGCCAUCUACGGCCAAGGCUGCCACUACACCGAAGUCGACAGUUCGUUCGUCGGCAAUGCCGUCGGCAAUGCCACCAACGCCAUCGGUGGAGGCGCAUUGGCAUUCACAUCGAGCAACAGUGCUGUCGACAGUGCAACUUUCCAAGUGGUUAUCCAGCGCUGCCUGCUCCAAAGCAACGCAGCAACGUUCGGAGGAGCGAUGCAACUUGGAGAUGUCCACGCGGCGUUGGUGAGCAACCAAUUUGUCCGCAACUCGGCGGGGCGCUUCGGUGGCGCCAUUCGAGUCGCCAACUGCAUGGCCCAACGCGACGAAGUUGUCCUGGACGUGCGGGAUAACGAUUUCAACGGCAACACGGCGGGUCGAGGGGCGGCUGCGUACGUGGAAGCAUCCGACGUCGUGCAAUUCGUUGCAAAUACGUUCCGCGGCAACUCGGCGGCGUCGUUCGGCGGAGCGAUCGCCGUCGUGGCGACCUCAAGGGUGCAAAUCACCACGUCAACGUUCCAAGGAUGCGUCUCCAGCGGGGGUGGCGCCGUCUACGCCGCGUCGGAAACCACUCUCGACAUUGUAGACUCGACCUUUGCGCAAUGCUCGAGCCGUUCGCAUGGCGGUAGUGUGUACGUCGAGAACUCGCAGCUCGCACUGGCAAACGUGAACGUCCAAGGGGGCAAUGCAAGCGGCAACGGCGGCGCGAUCGUGCUCAUGUCGCAAGGAACGUCGAUCCGCGCGACCAACGUCACAAUCGCGUCGACGUCGGCCAACAAAGGCGGCGCGUUCUACUUAAUCGAUUGCAACAUCUUGGCAGGGCAUGUGUCGGACGUCCGGGUCGUCAACACAUCCGCGGUCCACAUGGGCGGCGCGUUUUAUGCAGUCCUUGUCACCAUGGACCUGACGCGCUUGACAGCGAUCGACACAUCGUCUGCCAGCGGCGGCAUGAUGACGCUGGAGGACUCGACGGCGACGCUGACGGACUCGACCGUUCUCCGCUCGACAUCGCUCAAGAACGGCGGUGCGUUCUACGUGAUUAUAUCCGACUUGGCGUUGGUGUCGUCGACCAUCGACCACAACCGCGCGACAAACUAUGGAGGAAGCGUGUACGGGUUUGCAAGCCACGUGACGCUUGUCGACUCGUCGCUCCGGCAAAGCACGUCCGAAUUCGGCGGCGGUCUCUACGUGUCGUCGUCGACGUUGGCGAUUGUCCGGUCGACCAUCCGUUCCAACGACGCGGACGCCGGCGGCGCAUUUUAUGCCGACCUGACCGAUGUUGCCAUUCGAGACUCGACAUUUCAUGCCAACGUGGCGGCCACAAGCGGCGGUGUGGCUUUCAUAUCGAGCAAUUCGGUCCAACUGGACAAUUCCACCUUUACGAGCAAUGUUGCCAACCAGGGCGGCGCGCUCUGCUUGGCCGGGUUGACGUCGCUGGCGGUAGUCAAUUGUGCAUUCGUCGACAACUCGGUCGCGAACACGGCCGCGACAACGCUUCGACCUCUUGGCGGCGCCAUCUACGUUGACCAGAUUGAGGAAAACUCGACCAUGUCGACCUGCGUCUUUCACAACAACUCAGCUGGCGACGCUGGUGGGGCCAUGUAUGCUUCCAACGCCGCUGCCUCGUCGUCGCGGAAUCGCCCCACGCUAUCUGUCGCCCACACAACGUUCCGCGCCAACGUUGCAGACACGUUUGGCGGCGCAGUCUUCAUCGAUGGCCUCGAGACAUCGCUUCAAGCGAAUGUGUUCACGGCCAACGUUGCUGCGCGGGGCGGUGGCGGCGCGAUCUUUUGGCAAGGUUCAGCCGAACCCGUCGGACUGCCGCUUCAAACGUACGCUGGCAAUUCCGCGGAGUACGGUCCAGCGUAUGGGUCGGUGGCGGUGGCCCUUCGACCAAUAUACAUCCCGCCACCUUCGCUAGUGGUUGGGCAGCCAGGAGGGGAAGGCAGCGCCCAGCCCUUUGUCGGGUCGUUCACCGUCCACGUCGUGGACAAGUACAUGCAGACCGUUGCGACGGAAAACAGCGUCCAGGUUUCGAUCGAAAGCAAUACGGUCGGCGCGUUCGUGACUGGGACGACCAAAGUGACGGCACGCCACGGCGUGGCCAACUUCACGCAAGCCGGCGUCCAACAAAUGCCAGGGUCGAAUGCCACCGUGGCCGUGUCGGCGUCUGGCCUUGUUGCGUUGGCCACGGUCGAGCUGCGCAUACGACGGUGCGUGCGGGGAGAAGUGACCCCCGUGGGGGUCCCGCAGUGCGUCAAGUGCCCGUUUGGUCAAUUCAGCUGGAACACAAGCGAUACGGUGUGCCACGAAUGCCCCGUUGGCGGCGUGUGUGGCGGUGGCGACAACAUCGAAGUGCUCGACGGGUACUGGCGCUUUGAAAACUCCACGGGGGUGUGCAACGAUCCAAGUUACCCCUAUGACGGGUGCCGCCUCGGGACGUGCCUGGACAAGGCGUGCAAUGGAUUCACUAAGGGCGACGUGUCGGCGACCGUCCGUUUGGAUGGCCCGAACAACACGAUGAUUCUCACGAUCCGGUCCGACACGAUCGGGUACCAGCCCAACGACACGCUGUUUGUCCAAGGCGAAGAGCUGCGCGUCGUAAGCGUUGAAAAGAUCGGCGACGGCACGGCGUCGUUCCAGCACCACGUGCUCGUCACCGGCAACGCGCUGUCGACCACAGGGACGGUCGACAUUUACGUACGAGGCACGGAACGGUGCAAGCCAGGGUACACGGGCAACCUUUGCUUUCAGUGCGCCCCAGGGUACACUCGCAGUGGCAAAACGGCGUGCACGGCGUGCCCGGACAGCUUGACGCUGACGGUGGUGGUGCUCGUGCUCGGUGUGUUUGGCGUUGGGGCGGUCGCGAUGAUUUUGAUUGUGAUGACGAUCAACAAGUCGCGGCAAAAGGCCGAUUUGUACUCGAUCUUGACCAAGAUCUUUACGUCGUAUCUGCAGCUCGUGAGUUUGGCCGGGUCGUUCGACAUGCAGUGGCCGCAACAAGUCAAGGCCAUGUUUGCCGGCCAAGCGCAGAUCUCCAACCCAGGCGACAAACUCAUCUCGAUCGAGUGCCUCAUGGACCAGUACAAGCGCACGAUGCGUGCCAAUGCGUUUACGACGCUGAGCAACUACUACAUGCAACUGAUCGUGUUCCUCACGUUGCCCGUGUGUGCCGUGGUGUUUCCGCUUGUGUUUUGGCGCGUCCGCUUUCGCCUGGCGUCGCGGCGCAUCGUGCGUCGCGACUGGGGUGUCGCUCUCAACGCUGUCCUCGGUCGUGGCACCGGGUCGGACGUGAUGCUCCAAGACCAAGAGCUGGCGGACGUCCUCGUCGCCGUCCAGGAAAAGCCAAGCGACAUCGUGUUGGAUUAUGUGCGCACGAUCAGCAAGAUCGCCGACGGCCCGCAGCCGCUCUCGGUUGUAAAAGCAUCGUUUCUCCAAGCCACGCGCGACGAAAUGCGCGACAAAACCGUGCUCAGCAUCAUCGUGCUCAUGUUUCUCGUGCACCCGGGGCUGAGCAACCAGAUUUUUCAACUGUACACGUGCACCGAACUCGGCUACGAUGGCGGCGGCACGCGCCUCUACUUUCUCAACCCCGACUUGGACGUCCAGUGCUACGACGCAACGCAUUACAAGUGGAUGUAUUUUGUCGGGGUCCCGGCCCUCGUCCUGUACACCGUCGGGAUUCCAUACUUUGCCUUUCACCAACUGCGCACGCGCCGGCACGACCUCGACAAGCCCCGGACAAAGCUCCAGUUCGGGUUCCUCUACGACGGGUACAAGUUGGACCACUACUACUGGGAGAUUUGGAUCAUGAUGCGCAAGAUCAUCGUGUCGUUUAUCUCGGUGUUCCUCAAGAACUGGGGCACCGCGCCGCAAGCGCUCGGUGCGUCGGGCCUUGUGUUCUUUGCGCUAUGGGGGCACAUGGAAACGUGGCCGUACGAAGCCGACUGCGUCAACGGGCUCGAGCAAAAGGCGCUCCUCGCGUGCUUGUUUACGCUCUACUGCGGUCUGUACUUGCUCCAGCCCGAAGUCACCACCGUCACGCGCGUCGUCAUUGGGGCGUUCAUCAUUACCGCCAACAGCCUCUUCCUCGUCUACUUUAGCCGGCUCAUGAUUGUGCAAGUCAAGCAAAAGGCGCAAAACGCCAUCGGAAAGCUCUCCCGGCAAAAGUACGUGAGCAUGGCGGUCAAGAAGGUCCGCAAGAGCAGUGCCGGAGAGACCAAGCGGCCCAUGAAGAAGUCGGAGCAGGCCAUCGCCCCGGAUACAACCAUGGAACAACAACUCGAGCAGAGGCUCGACAACACGGACAUCUAG